GAGUGAAAGCGGUCUGUUUGGUUGUUUGCGGUGCGAAAGCCAGUGAUGGAGUUUCUUCAAAAUGUCAGUUAGAUCAGAACUUAGCGAGCAGAAGUUAGGGUACAUAAGAGAGUUCGUAAACAACAAAGAUCCCAAGGAAGAAUAUAAAUUGAUCCAGAGCAUUGGGACUGGUACUUACGGUGAGGUUUACAAGGCCAUUCGGUUAAGGACAAAGGAAUUCGCUGCUGUCAAAAUAAUUAAAGUUGAUGCUAAGGAUGAUGUUCGUGCUAUACUUCAGGAGAUACAAACCCUCCGAGAAUGCCGACACUGCAACAUCGUACAAUUCUUCGGGAGCUAUUUCAGGAACAAUAAAUUGUGGAUAUGUAUGGAGUUCUGUGGAGGAUUCUCUAUGCAAGAUAUCUACACAAAUAUCCAAAGGCCCAUUGAGGAGAAUUGCAUAGCUUUUGUAUCCAGGGAAACGUUACGAGGCAUAGAAUACAUGCAUAAAGCAGGGAAAAUACACCGUGACAUUAAGGGUGCGAAUAUUCUACUAACCACUGACGGUGAUGUCAAAAUUGCCGAUUUCGGUGUUGCAGCUCAAAUCACACAGACAAUUCAGCGUCGAAACUCUUUCAUUGGAACACCAUACUGGAUGGCCCCUGAAGUUGCAGCUGUUGAACGUAAAGGUGGUUAUGAUGAAAAAUGUGAUGUAUGGGCAUUAGGAAUUACUGCUAUUGAAUAUGCUGAACUACAACCUCCAUUAUUUGAUUUACAUCCUAUGAGAGCUUUACGAAUACUUGGCAUGCGUAGUUACAAGCCACCAGUACUUCGAAAUAAAUCAUUAUGGUCUCAGAAAUUUCAUAAUUUCUUAAAAGCAUCAUUAACAAAAAGUGAAAAGAAAAGACCAACAGCUCAAGCUUUAUUACGGCAUGAAUUUGUUAAUCAACCACAUUUAACUAGAUUAUUAACAUUGAAAUUAUUAGAAACUAAUCGUAAUCCAAAUAUAACUAAUAAUCGUUUAUCUAUACAUGGAAAUAAUAAUAAUAAUCAUUCAACAAAUCAACAACAACAACAACAAACAAAGAUAACUCAUAUAAAAAAAGAAGAACAAUUACCAGAAGAAUAUUCUGCUUUAUUAGUUGGACGACCAGAUUAUCCUAUGAUAAUUAAUAAUAAAUUAUCUAUACAACAUUCGAAUGAACAAUAUAAAGAUCGUACACUUGUUCGAUCUCAGAAUGUAAGUGCACGCACGCGGUCAUAUCUGUAUGUACCUCAAACAUCAGUCGAUAAUCAAUCCUCAUCAUCAUCUACUAUUAUUUCAUCAUCUGACAUAAAACGUCCUGUUUCUUCAACACCAUCAAAUCGUCCAGAACCAUUAAUCAAAAUGCAUACACCAUGGCAAUCACAACAAAUUAAAUCUGAUCAAUCUUCACCAAUUAAUUUAUCGAAACCAACUACAACUAUUGCUGAAGUCAUUGUACAAAAAUCAUCUAUUAUUACCCCUAUGGAACGUAUACAAUCAGCUAGACCUCAACAAUUUCUCAUUGAACAUUCAAUCAUUAAUGAUGGUAAUGCUUUAAAUAAUAAACUUAAUAUUGAUAAAACGAAUUCACAUCAUCGUCACCAUCCAUCUACAUCGAAAUCAAUUUUAGAAGAGAUUCGUAUUAUGGAUGAAUUGCCUACACCAUUUCCUGCUUAUGUUGCAUCAGCACCAACUGCUACACCAGCUCUUAAACCGCCUGGAUUAAAUUAUCAAUUAAAUAAUUCUACAUCAAAACAUGCUGAAAAUAUUAUACAGAAAACCCCUAUAUCAUCAUAUUCUCCUGGUGUCAGUCAACUAUUGCAUACUCAAACAACCACCUAUGAUUUAUCGUCGACUACAGUUACUGUUUCACAUAAAAAUCAUCAACAUUUACAACAACAGCAGUAUCGUCGAUCCUCGUCGAAUAAUUCGUCUAGCAUUUCUUCUGCUUCUACAUCACCACGUAGUUCAUGUUCAUCAAGUCAACUAGAUUUAUUAGAUCCGGUGUCUACUGAUCUGACUUCAGGAAGUCAUCAAACUACUAUUCUGUCGAAUUCCGAUUCGUCAUCUCCUACUUCACGAGAUUCUGUAACGUCAUCGUCAUCAACUUCUUCAUCAGUUAGCGCGGAAGCAGCAGUUGGUGAUAACGAUUUGAAUGAGAACGAUGAUGCUAAUAUUCUAAUAUCAGCUGCUAAUGUUGAACAUAAAUCUGAUUUUCUCGGUGUUGAUGAUGAUGCUGAAGAAGUGUUUCUGAAUGAAGAUAAAGAUUUAAAAAGUGUAGAUAAACAACAAGAUGAAAAAGUAGAUACUGAAAACUAUAAUCAUCAAGAGUAUUUGGCAAUUACUGAGCAUACCAUUAUACAAGAUUCAUUGGAAGCACGAUUUUUACCUAUUGAUUCUGAACCACAUGUUGUAGAAGCACAUUCAAUUCAUGUGGCACUUCAUAAUGUAAGUCCUGAGAAUGGUGAUCAGCUAUGUCGGAUGACUCAAAGUGUUGCCGUCAGUAAAACAAUAGCUACCACUACUACUACUACUAUUCAAGUUAAUGAUACAAAUGUUCAAUCUAACGAUUCAUCUGUCAAUUCAACAAAUACAUCCAAUCAUGAUAACAUUCCUAAAUCAAUUAGCAUUGAUGAUUACACAAAAGCAGAGAAACAUCGAAAUGAUCGUCAACAUUUAUCAAUAGGUGAUUAUGAUAAUAAUGGAGAAGAGGAUGAUUUAAACGAUAUUAUACAUUAUACACCAGAACGUAUAUCACCAAUGUCAUUUGAUCGUGGUACAGUGACUACAAUUGAAUCACAUUUAUCUAGUAUAAUAGCUCAAGAUGAAAUUGAUGAUUGUCGUGAUAAUAAUAAUAAUAACAAUAAUCAUCAUAAAGAGUUUGAUUAUUCUUCAUCAAAACAGAUUAUUACUGAUUCAGAAAAAUUUUCCAAAUCUCCACCAUAUGCUUGUCUUGAUGUUAUACACAAUGAUAAUCCAGAUGAAUGGGAUUUAGGUGUAGCCGAUCGUGAUUUAUUAGCCGCUGAUGGUUUACUUUAUUUAGAUCGUAGUCAUCCGGAAUCACUUAGUGAUCGAAUUAGUGAAUUUGGAUUUCGAAUUCAUGGUUCAUCUGAAGGUGAAGAAGAUUUAGAAGAUGAGGAUGAUGAUCCAGAUGAUACUGGGAUUCGAGAUGAAAUAAUUAUACCAAAUGAUUUAUCUAACAUAAAUAUGAUGAAUUUAUGUCAGUUACCAUCGAAUACAAAUAAUGGUGAAGGUAUCUCACCAACAUUAAGUCGUAUGAAUAAUAUGAAUACAAAUAGUAAUACUAAUGACAUUCCUUCUACACAAAAAGUAUCAUUAUCAACAAUGGAAGGUACGAAUCCAAAUAUUCAAAUGACAAAUGGUAAUCAAAAUGGUGAUCAUAUGGAUUUAUUAAAUAAAAGUACAAAAUUGAAUUCUACAAUGAUAAAUACUACUACUAAUAAUAAUGUUAAUAAUCAUAAUAACAGAUUAAUCAGUCAAAAAGAAUUAGAUUUAAAUGAUAUUGUUAAUUCUACUGGUCAUGAAUUUUAUCCAGAGAAAUCCGGAGAGGAAUUAAUGUCUUUAUUAAGACAAUUAAAAUUUGCUCAAAAAUUCGCUUGGUUAUCAGGAGCUUCUGUACUUCCAACAGGAUUAUCUGCAUUAACUAAUAUUCAAUCCAAUAAAUUAAUUAAUAAUAAUAAUGAUGAUCUCAAUCAUAAUGGUCAAUCUUUAACUAAUGGAAUAAUCAAUGAAAAGUAUACAAACAUUGAUACAUUGAAUGUUAUGAAAAUCUCUUCUACUAUUAAAACUAUUAAACAAGAUCGAAUUGAUGAUGAUGAUGAUCAGAAGGAAUUAAUGAAAUUGGAUGUUACUAUGGAUUCUACUAUUGUUACUACUUCUCACGAUCAUGAAGAUGAAGAUGAUCAAGAUAAAAAGUUGAAUAAUCAAGGAAUUACACUGUUGAAACAUAACCAUUUAGAGGAUUAUUCAAUUGUACUUAAUGGUGAUGAUUCAACUUUGAAUAAGAUUAAUGAAAAAUUGAAUGAUACCCAAAAUGAUGGUAACAUUGAUCAUAGUAUCAAGGAUGGUAUAAUUGAUCAUUCAUUUAUUAAACAAGAACAAAAUGGACAUGUAUUCAAUACAACAGAUAUUAUUAUAAAUGGUCAAAUUAAUAAUGGUUUUGAUGGUGGUAGUGAAUUACCACUAUUUAUGAAAGAUAAAUCAAGAUCAGAUAGUGAUUCAUCAAUGAAAUCUGAGAUGAAAAUAAAUCUGGAAACCAUAUCUACUACUUAUAAACCGGAUAAUAUUAGUUUAUCUACCAAGCCUACAAUGGGUAUACCUACUCUUGUUCCUACAACUACCGUUUGUAGUCUUAAUAAUAAUAGUGCUAUUCAACCACAUUCUCCUGUUGUUAGUAAUACACCUUCUGCACCAACUAUUACAACAGAUAAUCAUCGGACAAUAAUGAUGAUGAAUAUGAAAGAUUAUGUACAAGUAUCUAGUUCAUUACCAUCUACUCCAGUGUCAUCUUCUUUUGUACCAGCUAAUUUUAAUAUUAUCUCUACGAUUGAUGAUAAUAAUAAUAAUAACGACAGAACGAAAUCAGAAAGUCAUGUUCAAAUGACUAAACUAUCCUCAUUGGAGAAACAAGAUAUUGCUUCUGUUAAGAAUUACACAUCUCUACCAUCGAGCACAAUCACUACAUAUCCUUCGGAUGUAGUAUUAACAACAAAGUGUACGACUACCACGGGCACACAUAUUACUUAUCCUAUCAGUAGUAGUAGUAAUAUUACCACGACUACUUCACCUACUAUUGGUUUGUUGACAAAACCAACACAAAUAUCAAUAUCUACUGAUAUUCAUCCAAUUGACAGUGAUGAUAUAGAAGUAGACGAUAUUGUUUAUAGUAAUUUAUCAAAUCAAGGGAAAUCUCACAUUGGUGGAUCAUUACAAUUAAUACCUCAGAGAAAAGAAAAGAAUACGAAUAGAAAAAAAUUAUUUUAUCGGUCUAGUUUAUCACCUUGUUCAGAUAUUCAUCCAUUUCCAUCAUCGACAUCACUUGUGACAACUUCUUUACCGAAAAGAGACGAUCAAGAGAUAUGCACUAAUAAUUAUCAGAAAACAGUUAGCAGUGUUAUUCCACCGUCAACUUUAACAUCACCAAUCACAAAUACAGAAAUCAUGAGAACUACUGCAUCGACAUCAUAUCUGCUUUCAAAUCAACCUCUGGCAUUGCAACCGCAUUUAAAAAUGGUUUCCAGCAUAGAAUUGAGUGGUAACUUAAACGGUAAUAUUAAUAUUAAUAAUCGAUCCCACAAUGGCAACUUCUCAAAAGACUUACCACUUGUUUCAUCAGUGAAACUGCAUAGACGUGUAGCUGCCCCUACUGUUACUUCGUCUGUUCUCACUAAUAGUGCUACGAUCACUACUACAAUUUCGAAAAUUGCCACUUCUCCCGCUUUAAUUUCUUCUGUUGUAAAUCCUGUUAACACAAAUGAGACGAAAAAAUCACGUUCAUCUAUGAUUGAAUUAAUAAGCUGUCCUAAUAAGGAUGCAUCCCAUCCAGGUCAAAUACUGUCAUCGAUUCCUCCACCUCUCGCUUCGCUGACUUCUCCAACACCACAAUCUAAACCACAAGGAAAUAUGGGAGCUUGUUUUUCAUUAGUAUUUCAAGGUUGUCCAUUAAAAAUUAAUUCAACUGCAACAUGGAUUAAUCCAGCUAAUAAUGGUCAAGUUAUUCUAUUGGGUACAAAUGAUGGUAUAUAUUGUUUACAAUUGAAAGGACUUUCUGAGAAUUCUUUAGAAUUACUAUUUCCACGUCGUUGUUUAUGGUUAUCUGUUACUCGAGAUACUAUGAUGUCACUAUCUGGUCGUCAUCCUCAAUUGUAUGCACAUAAUUUGGUUUCUUUGAUGAAAUUAAAAUCUCAAGGUCAUUCUAUGAGUGGUGGUGGUAGUACAGUUGGAGGCAGUGGCGGAGUUAGCGGUGGCAAUGUUAGUGGUCUUGGUGGAGCUGCAUCAAAGUUUGGCAAAUUUGUUAAACUUUUUCCUAAACGAUUUUCACCAUCGAAAAAAAUGCCUGAUACAAAAGGAUGUUUACGUGCUAAUGUUACACGUAAUCCAUUUAAUGGUGCUAAAUAUUUAUGUGCAGCUAUGACAAAUGAAAUUAUAAUAAUGGAAUGGUUUAAUCCUGUAUCAUCAUUUAUUGAAAUUAAAAGAAUAUUUGUUCCUGAUAUGCCUUCACCUUUAUUGAAUUUUGAUUUAUUAAUUGUGAAAAAUCUUCCUUUACCAUUUGUUUGUGUUGGAGUCUAUCGACAUCAUUCUCGUAAAGGUCGAGAAGGUCAACGUUUUCGUUUACAUUUAAUUGAUUUAAAUAGUUCUGGACCUAAUCCACCACAGAUACCUCCAAUAGUUUCAUCUAUUACUCCUCCUAUUUCAAUAUCCUCUGUUACUUCUGUUUCUAUCACUGCAAUGGCAUCAUCUACUAUCACCACGACUACUACUACUACUACUACUACUUCCGUAUCUCCAAAUCAUUCCGGUUUACUAGUGAACUCAUCUGCAUCUCCUCACUCUCUAAUAUCACAUUCAGAUAAUAUUCAUGGAUUAAAUGAUUCAGUUGAAUUAACAAGUAAUAAUAAUAGAAUGACUAAUAAAACACAAGUAAUUCUAAAAUCAGAUCAAACAAGAGCUGAAUUACAACGAAAGAAUACUCUAUUUUUACCUGAAGAUAUUCUACCGGUUGUUGAAACUGUACAAUUAGAGCAUAAUACCAUAUUAAUAUGCUUUUUAGAUUGUGCUAAAGUUGUCAGCUUAAAUGGUCAAAUUAAAUCCAGUCGUCAUCGUGCCACAACUUUAGAUUUCAAUGGAAUUACAGUUGAAUCUAUUGUAUGCCUUCGCGAUAGCAUUCUUGUAUUUCAUCCACAUGGUCUAUUAGGAAAAAGUUUCACUGGAGAGUUAACUCAAGAAAUUAAUGAUAAAGAAAAUAUUUAUCGAUUAUUAGGAUACAAUCGGAAUAUUAUUGUUGAAAGUCGACCAGCUAAUAAUCCAAUGUCUAAUUCUAAUGUAUACAUUUUAUCUGAUAAUAUGGAGAAUAUUUAAAUAAAGCUUGUUAUUGUACGAUGUUGUAUGAUCAAACUAACUUGUCAAAGGAAUGAAUGAUCCAUAUAUAUUUUUACAUUUCUCCUUCUCUUUACUGUAUACAUAUUUAUAUAUAUAAACGAACAUUCUGUGUGUGUGUGUGUGUAUAUGUGUAAGAUGCCUAGAUUUCUUUCUAUUCAUUCUGGUUUCCUCCAUAUUUUAUUGAGUUUUUACUCUCUCUUUUAUUUUUAGCUGCCUACUUACCUGCAAUUCAUUGUUACUAUGUAAUUGCUCUUUUUUUUUUCUUUUUCGAUGUUAAGUACUCUGAAUUAUUUCGUACAUAUGAAGAAAAAAAAUGCAUGUUACUACUUAUAUUAUUCCAAUCCUUUAAUGCAUGCACAUACACACAAAUCAAUAUAAUACUUUGUGUUAACCUGACAACGCAUUUUGUUCUUAGCUUCAAAAGUAUUGCUUCUGUUAUUCAGCGAUUCAAUAACAACAACAACAACAACAAAGAAUUUCCAGUAUAAUAGGCUAUGGAUAACAUCUUUUUUUUUAUAAUAUUUAAUGUUCAUUUAAAUUCUUGUCCUCCUUUAUGCACAAUUCUUUUUUUUCAAAUUUAGUUUUUAACUACUCAUAAGUAGUAUAAGUCUCUAUACAAAAAACAUUUCUUAUCAAUGAGAGAAUUAAAAAAACCAGAUAGUUCAACUGAAUUUCAUCAUAUUCUAUUGAAUAUUAAUAGUAGUUAUCGUCUUUUGAUAGAUUUGAUUCUUCAAUGAGAUUAUACAAUUGCAUAACUAAUACCAUAAUAAUAAUAAUAUUAUUCUUUCAAUUCAAGUUCAUUAAUUAUGCAAUUAUAAUCUUUAUUUACCUAAUUCUUUUCUAUAGGGUAUAAAUAAUUUCUAGUUCAUGUUCAAUAUAUUCUUUCAUUAGUUUUUUUUUUGAUUGUUUUCUCUUUUUCUUAUUCAUUGUCUAUUGUAAACAGAAGCUUAGAGAAGUUACUCAAGUAUAUAUGUAUACAUAUAUAGAUAUACUGUUAUAUACAUACAAUGUAUACAUGUGAUAGCCGUUUUCCUCUUGAUAGGUCUUUCUUUAUCUUCAUUACUUUGUCUAUAAUCCUUUUUUCUAGCUCUUUUGUUGUUAUUGUUGUUGUGACUUUUGUCUUAGGCUGAUGUGUACCGUUUUUUUUUUACUUCUAUAUCAGCUUUACAAUCAACAUAUGAUGAUAAUAUUGAUGUAUGAUGAUGUUGUUGUGGUAACAUAUUUCAAUCUAAUAUCCCUUACUCAAAACUUCCUUUUAUUCUAUCUCAUUAUAAUCAUAUAUAUAUUAUUAGUUGUUAUCCUUUUUUCAUUGGUAACCAAUUAUGUUUCGUCGUAAAUAAGUAAUACACAGUGUGAGAUUGUUGUCAAGCACAUUCUUAAUAGGAUUUCCCUUUUUUUUGUGUUUUUCUCAAAAUGAGAUUACAUGGUACUUUUUCAUAUCAGUAAACAUUUAAUGUAACCAUUGUGUUUUAUCAAUUAUGAUGUUGCUAUCGUUGUUGUCGCUACUACUGAAAAAAUAUAUAUCGUUGUUCCUAACCAAGUUUUACUCUACCUUUUUGUCGUUAGAAUCAUUGUAAGCAUUUGUUAUACAGAUCGAUUGAGAAUAGAACUUUGAAAGGUAUUUAUAGUAUUAUUGAUAGUCUUUGACAAUUAAUAACAGAUCGUGAAUAAACACAAUUGUACACAUAUAUAUAUAUAUAUACGACAGGCAAUAUAUAUGAUCAUUCCUUGACUGUUCAUAUUUUAUGAACAUAAUCAGUUAUGUAAUCAUUUAUUAUCAUCAUUGUUUUAUUAUUGUUGUUAUUAACUCGAAACAAUAAUUUUCUUUCUAAUUUGAUCUUUUUUGCAUUCUACUACUAAUAAACUAAUUCAGUAAUAUAGUUUAUACUUACGUUUUAUUUCUGUUUGUUUUUUUUUUGAAAUUUCUAUUUUACUAAUAUAAAAAUCAUAAACAGAAAGAAAUGUGUCUUGACAACUACUUCUUUGUUGUUGUUUUUUUAGGUUUUUGUGUGAAUUGCAUUAUUGAUUUUCACAUACAAGUGCAUACAGGGGUGUGCGUAUAUAUAUGUGUGUGGGGGGGGGGGACAAUACGUCAUCGUUUUUUUUUCUUUCUUUAUUCUCAUUUAUUCUUUAUUCAUUCUUAUUGAAUCAUGAAUAGCCUCUCAUCACCACCCCCUUCCGCUAGUUUUUUUUCUCUUCUAUAGAUUGAAUUUGUUUCUAUAUAUCUUAUUCUUUUACUCUUUUUCUUUUAAUGUAUAAAUUUAUAGUGAUAUAUACAUAUAUAUAUAUGUAAUUUAUUCAUAAUUGUCUGCUUAUUACGAAUAAUAAAGUUAUCUAUUGCACACACCCCUUUGUUCUCUUUUUUGUUUUUCUUUAUGUUAUACUUUUUCUCUCCUGUUUUUGUUUUUUUUUGUUUAGUUUUUUGUCUGUUUUUCUCUUUUUUGUUCACUUCUUUUUAUCUUUUCAUGUCGUUAAGAUACUAUAUACAGUGACACAUGUGUAUACCCAAGUUAUGUCAUUAUAUAUACAUAAGGAAAAAGAAAAAAAAGGGAAACUAACUACAUCAAUCAUGUUCUUAUGAUAAAUAAAUUGAAACAUAUUUAACUU